AAACACAAGCCAAACACCUCAACCAAACCCCCCAUUCAUGCUUAUUCCCAACAAAGAAGAAGAAGAAGAAGCAAGCAAGAAGAGAUGAAGUUAGUCUGGUCGCCUGAACGAGCUUCAAAAGCUUAUAUUGACACUGUUAAAUCUUGUGAACUUGAUCUCCAGCAAUCCGGCGAGAGCGAGCUGAUAUCCGCCCUGGCCGGCGGCUGGAACGCGAAGAUGAUCGUGGAGGCGUGCUCACAUGGCGGCGCGGGGGCGACAAGCGUGGGACUAGCCAUCGCGGCCCACCACACGGGCGGCCGAUACAUUUGCAUGGUACCGGACGAAAGCACAAGACAAGACUACCUCAACGCCGUGAAUUCCGCCGGGGUGUCGCCGCCGCCGGAAGUGGUGGUCGGCCCGGCCGAAGAGGCGGUGGCGGAGCUAGUGGGAAUCGAUUUUCUGUUGGUGGAUGGGCGGUGCAAGGGGUUUGGCCGGUUGAUUAGGCUUGCAAAGUUAAGCCAUAGAGGGGCGGUUCUGGUCUGCCGGAGAACGGUGGCUGGGUUUCGGUGGGGUGGGGUUCUUGGUAGCACGACACGCAUCGUGAGAUCAGUGGAGCUGCCGGUGGGAGAGGGAUUGGAUAUUGCUUACGCAGCGGGUAACACUAACAGUGGGUCCACGAAGAGCAACCGUCGUUGGAUCAAACAUGUUGAUCAAAAAUCAGGAGAGGAGCACCUGAUCCGAGGGUGAUUUUCAGUUUUGAGCUGUUGAAUUGGUUGAGAUACCAUAUCUUCGACUGUAAUUUUUUUUUUUAUAUAAUAAUAAAUUAAUAAUUUACUGUAAAUUGAGAGAUCUUUUAUCGGGUUUGCCGGACAUAAAAAUGUAGGGAGAGGGAGAGCUCAUGCCCCAUUUGAAGUUGUUUGCAUGAGCCUCCUCGCUCAUGUGAGCCCUCUCUAAUGUUGUUUGACGCAGAUAAGAUAAUAAUUUUAUCUUUUAUAAAUAUUGAACGGAAUGAUGUAAUUUAUUAA